GAAAAGUGGAGAUCUAGGACGAGAUAUUAUUGUGGAAAUUUUUGGGAUGAAGAUUGUUGUUUAGUGCAAAGCGUGGCAUUCAAAAGAUAUAGAACGGUAGUGAGAGAUGGGAAGUACACAUUCGGGGCUCUUGUAGGGGCUUUAGAAGAAAAUUUUGCUAUAGGAGCACAUAAAUCGGCUAAAAAGUCAGAAGGUGGUGACGAAGUUAUUAUUACG